AUGGCGGUCAUGUCGGGGCCCUCGCUGGUCAACACUAUACAGUCAGAAAUAGAGCGUGCCAGGCAGGACCUCAGGGGCGUGGACGAGAACCUGCGAAGACUGACCGGCAGGGACUUCAAUGACCCUAACCAGCGACCAGACCUGCGGAGGGUGCGCCUCACAUCAGGCAGUAGGGAUGACGAGCCCCCAGCCAAGCGACGACCGCCAGGAGGGGUGUUCGCAAGGCUGGGAGCCGUGGUGGUAGAUCAGCAGCCCCAGGAGCCUCGAGGCCGACCCCGGGGAGACCUAAGGAAUGAACUGCGGGUGGACCACAGAGGUGGUGACCGUGGUGACCUCCAUGGUGAUGAACCGCCGCGGGGCGGCAGACGGGUGCAGGAGGUGCUGGACACGGAUGAGAAGCUGCCAAAGCCCUCCUUGCCCUCGUCUGUUGCCCGCCCACUGCUGGAUAGCAAGUCCCGUUCAGAGGCUGCUGCGGAGCUGACAAAGGACAGGGCCUCACGGGACAGGAACCGGCGGAUGUUUGGUGCUCUCCUUGGUACUCUGAAACGCUUCAAGAAUGAUGAGGCGAAACAGAAGGACAAGGAGGAGCAACGUGCAGCCAUAGAGAGGAAGCUGGAGGAGAAGGGUCGGGCCGAGAAGGAGGAGCUGAGGCGUGAGAGGCUGGAGCUCUUCAACCAGAGGAAGGAACGGCAGGCGCAGAUCCGAAGACUCACUAUCAAAAUGGCACGAGUCAAGGAGCAUGAGGUGUGGGAGGCGCACCAGAUGAAGCUUGCCAAGUUUAUCCGUACCGAGUCCAUUCCCCCGAUCUUCUGGGUCCCCCGCCAACACAACGCACGCACCACAGGCCUCGUGCAUUCCACCCACGACAAGAUCACCGGGGAGCUGGAGCAUGAGCGUCUGCGCAUGAAGGAGGAGCUGGACGAGAUCCUGGGGUCCCGCGGGGAGGAGCGGGAGGGAGCAGAGAUUGGGGAGGAGGAAGAGGAAGAGACCUUCGUACACAGGGGGUUGCGCUCUCAGGUGGCCAAGCAGGGGGAGGGGGGUGGCACUGACCAUCUUGAUAAUUGUCCAGAUCGCCAGUUCCCCUUCUCAUACCAGUCUCACUCUUGCCUUGCAGAUUUGUUAGAUUACGAGGCUGAAGAGGGAGAGCUAGUGUAUGAUGAGGCAGACCUGUCAGGUAAGGAUGACAACGACGACACCGAGCGUGUGGUGGUUCAGGUGGAUGGGCGGGGGGAGGGGGGACGCAAGGUGGAGAUAGUAGCCAGUCAACCAGGGGAGGAGAACGGGGAGGAGGGGAAGAGUGGGGGAGGACUUGGGAACGACAGCGAGAAGGAAAACGAGGGUAGACGCAAAGACAGGGACAGGAACAGGGAGGAGAAGCAUAGGGAGAAGGACAGUAGGAAGAACCGGGAUAAAGGGAGGGAGAAGGAGAGGAGUAAGGAUAAAGAUGGGGAGGUUCAGAGGGUUAAAGACAGGCUAGGAGGGAGGGAGGAAAGGGCCACAAGUAAGGAUAGCCAUAAGGAGUCAGAGAGGGAAAAGCGCAAGGAAAGGGCCAGGUCAAAAGAUAGCUCAGAGGUGCAAGAUCUCGACUCGGAACUAUCAACCACAGUAGUGCACAUUAAGAUUGAAAAGGAGGAUGACGCUGGUACGAGUGAGACCAGACCCGUUCUUAAGAUUAUAAAGGAAGAGAAACCUGAUGAGCCACAUGCUGGUGGAAGGAAGGGAGAGAACGCUGAAAAAGUUCCUGUCGUGUCUGAUGGUGCUUCCCCUGCUGUUCCUGCUACUGCUUCUGAUGCUAUCUCUACUGCAGACAUUGAGCUUCCUCCCCUUCCUGCCUCUGAUCCAACUCUGUCCCCUGCUAACAAUUCAAACCUGCCUUCCAACUUACCUGACUCAGCCCCACCUCACCCACGUGACCGCUCCUUAUCUCCCUUGCCCAUGAACCCUUCGCCGCCUCCAAUUAGUUUCAAGGCACAGUUGGAAGCUGAGAAAGAACCUACACCCAGUGGCGAGGGUAAGGCAUCUAAGAAAGACGAGGGCUUGGCCAACAGUGGUGCUAGCAUUGGUGGCAAAGGCAGCCCAGAGCACCGUGCAGACAAGCAGCAGAACAUGGCAUCUGGCACCACAGCGUCUGAUAAGCAGGCUAGUGGUAAGAAAGACGCCAGCUCUAAAGUACCUGCCCGGGGAAAAUUGCAGAAAGACGAAAAGAGGAAAGUCAAGAAGGAUAAACUUAAGAAAAAGACGAAGAAGAAGAAAACUGCCUCCGGGUCAAAGAAAAAUUCAGGUUCUUCGGAUGACAGUAGCAGCGGUAGCAGUGACAGCAGCAGCGACAGCAGUGAGAGCGACAGUUCAGACUCAGACAGUUCCUCCUCCUCGUCCUCUGACUCCGGCUCCUCCUCAGACUCAGAAAGUGACUCGAGCUUUUCUUCCAGCUCACAUUCUGAUUCUGACUCUGGCCGGGAGAAGAGGAAGAGGAAGAGGGGAAGGCGGUCAAGGAGUGAGGACAGUAGCAGUGAUAGUGACGCAGAGGGAAAGCCAAAACGAAAAUCUAAAAUCCCUGAAAAGAAUAAACAACUGAGGGAGGGAGGGAAGGCCUCUAAAGGAAAGCCAAGGGACGAAUCUCUCAGCGACGAUGACAGGGCUAAAAAGGAAGCUGGAAAGAAGGAUAAAUUCAAGGAGGGAAAGAAGGGGAAGGAGAGGGAGGAAACCCACAAGUCUAAGGAGAAAGAGAAGACUAGGGAGAGGGAUUUGGAGCAUCGUAAGGAGAGGGAGGCAGUAAAGAAGGGAGGGAGCAUUGAGAAGAGGGACAGGAACAGGGAGCAGAGGAGGGAGAGGAGUAGGAGCCGUGAAGACAGGCGGGGUGGGAAGAAGGACAGACGAUAGAGAUGCAAAUUAAACAAGUUGGGGCUUUUUUUCUCUAAAUUUAACCUGGUAGCUGCGGGGAUCAUGUUUCUGAAAGGCUCCUCUAAGCAAAUUAAUGAGAAAAAUCAUCACACGCAAAUCAUUACAUAAUAUAUAUCAAUGCAUUUGUGAUCAGUUUAUGCAUCCUUUAUUUUUGGGGGGUUUAUGUCAAGCUAAAAAUUUGUCCCGUCGCUGGUACUUGGUAAAGCCACAAAUUUGGCCUGUCGCUGCUACCGGGUUAAGGGAUUGUAACAAAGCCGAGGAAGGAGAGAGUUAGAAGGGAAAAUAGUAUGCGAUAAAGCUGUAAAUAUAACUAAUGGGAACUUUCAUUUUGCCCAAGUUCAAGGGACAUGGAAUAGCAGGAGAGUAAUAGGAUCAGGGACAGUUUGAAGGACAACAGCUGUAAAUUCAACUUGUGGGAGGAAAGAAUGAGGAGGACAGGAACAUGCAACAGGGUAAAGGCUGGCAGGAAGGAGAGGCGAUGGCUAAAUAGAACUCGUUGGGGCAUUAUUUUUUUUCCCAAGCUUAUUUUGGGUUGUGUAUUUUGUGUACAAAGGGAUAUUGCAUCAUACGAUUUUGUAGUGAUUGCUGUGAUUGUUGUAUGAUACCUUUGCUCACCUACUAGAUAAAAGCAUUUAGCUAUAAAGGGAGUCACUACAGGAACUUGCCCUCAGGAGUAUUCUUGCUUCAUAUAAAGACAAGAAGAAAAAGAAGAAGCAAUGACUUGAGUAUUUGAAUUCACUGAAGCCUUUGACAAGACUUAAAAAAGGAACAUGUAUUCAUAUAUAUAUUUUGUGGCUAUCAUCAUCAAGAGUGUGUACUCCUUUUUCUUUUGUUAUAAUAUUUCACGUUCUGGUAAAGUUAGUGUCAUCUCUGCAAUUUACUUUUUAUUAUAUUUAAUGAUCACUUCCUUUCCAGUACAUGUCAGUGAAUUUUUUUGUCAAAUAAAAGACCAGACACA